CAUUCAUACCAGUUUAAAAAUGGCUGUAAAAGCAUAAACGUCAGUUGUUGACUGUUCUGUAUAACACUUAUUUUUGCCAAAUACACUCAAAAUAAAUAAUAAAUAGUUUAGUUUAAAUUGUAACAUUGUGGUGAUUUUAAAAUGUCCAGUGAAUCAGUGAAAAACUUCUCAAGUUUGGAAACGCCAGGGUAUGUUGGUUUUGCGAAUUUGCCAAAUCAAGUUCACAGAAAGUCUGUGAAAAAAGGUUUCGAGUUUACUUUAAUGGUAGUUGGAGAGAGUGGACUCGGAAAGUCUACUUUAGUUACCUCUUUAUUUUUGACUGAUUUAUAUCCAGAAAGACUUAUUCCAGAUGCUGUGGAAAAAAUGAAACAGACUGUGAGAUUAGAACCUUCCACUGUUGAGAUAGAAGAAAGGGGUGUAAAACUGAGACUUACUGUAGUCGAUACUCCUGGAUACGGAGAUGCUAUUGACAAUAGGGAUUCUUUUGACGAAAUAAUUGGUUAUAUUAACCAACAAUUUGAGCGAUUUUUAAAAGACGAAUCCGGUUUAAAUCGAAAGAACAUAAUGGACAACAGAGUGCAUUGUUGCUUCUACUUCAUCUCACCUUUUGGGCAUGGAUUGAAACCCUUAGAUAUAGAGUUUAUGAAGAAGCUUCAUAAUAAAGUAAACAUAGUUCCUGUGAUUGCCAAAGCUGACGUUCUAACGAAAAAAGAAAUGCAGAAAUUAAAGAAAACUGUACUGGAUGAAAUUGCUCAAAACGGAAUAAGAAUUUAUUCUCUCCCUGAAUGUGAUUCGGAUGAAGAUGAAGAAUAUAAGGAACAGGUACGUCAAUUAAAACAAGCUGUUCCUUUCGCUGUUUGUGGAGCAAACACCGAAUUAGAAGUGAGGGGCAGAAAGGUGAAAGGGCGCUUGUAUCCAUGGGGUGUAGUCGAAGUCGAGAAUCCCGAACACUGUGAUUUUAUCAAAUUAAGAACAAUGUUAAUAACGCACAUGCAAGAUCUCCAGGAGAUUACGCAACAAGUCCAUUACGAGAACUACAGAUCUGAAAGAUUGGCCAAAGAGGGUCCCGUAGCUAAGAGAAAUCCCGGGGAAGAAAAACCAGCUCCAGUUAGUGAUAAAGAUAGGAUUCUGCAAGAAAAAGAAGCUGAGCUGAAGAGAAUGCAAGAGAUGAUAGCCGCAAUGCAAGCCAAAAUGCAGCAAACAACGCAGUAAUUUUUACUUUGUAAUGUAUGUGUUAAGUUCUACAUAUCUUGAAAUUGCCUAUACCGCCAAUACUAUUCAUUAAGAUUUUCUUGAUAUUAAUUCGAUCUCAUUUUAACAACUAUUGUAAGACGUGUUAAGGUGAGACAAUAAAUUAAUAUUAGGAUUUGUUAAAAAUUAACUAAGAUCCGAUGUGAGUUGAUCAAUUAAUUAUAUGUUGAAUUAAAAGCCCCCCCCCCCCCCGUUAUUUUUUAAAUUGUCUUUUUUACGUUCUAUGGUACGAUAGGUUGUCUUUUUAGUUUUGUAUAUAUAGCCAUAAAAACAAACAAUAUAUAGACUUAAAGUACUUUAUUGCUUUUCAGAAUAAUGUCCCACCAAUAUUAAUAUACUUUUGCAUUCGUUCAAACCAAUUGGUAAAACAGUUAUUCCAGUCUUCAGUUGACACCUGCAAAAUGGCUAUUUUAAAGGCAUCGAUAGCUUCUUUUGGCGACUGGAAUCGCCUCCCACGCAUUGAAUCGACUCCCACGAUCUUUGGGAACUGAAGAAGUCGUUGGAAACAUUGGGGCUAUACAGUGGACGGUUUAACAAUUCGAUGUUUUCAAGCUCCAAAAACUCUGUUGUCUUUUAGACAGUGUGAGCACUUGCAUUGUCAUGAUGUAGGAUGAUUCGUCGUUGUUUGUUGCUUUGUCGGAGUUUCGCGAUAACUUCUGGUAAACAAACGGUUAUAUGCCAAUCAGAAGUAAUCUUCCUUCGAUCUUCCAAAGCUGCCACAUGACCAGAUUUUGACACAAAAUCUGGUUGCGACCAUUUUCUUUGACACAUUUCGAGAACGUAUCACUUUUUUUGGUUUUUCCUCAUCGUGAAACACCCACACAGCGGAUGGGCGUUUAUUUUCCGGUUGGUAGGAGUAAAUCCAAGAUUCAUCGCUACUAAUAAUAAUAUAAACGUUUUUUGAGCUUAAACCGUUCCAGUGUUGUUGAAUUUUGUUGAACCGUUCCAAUGUUUUUCGACACCAAUUGGCGCGAACCGCUUUUUUGCUCUUCUGUGACCAAAUGAGGUAUCUAGCGGCAAACCAACUUUCUAACACCCAGUGUUUCAUGUAGGAUCUUUUGAAUCGAUGUCUUUGAUAUGCUCAAAGAUGUCUCUAUCUCCCGGUAUGUUACACGGCAGUCAUUCUUAAUUAGCUGACUAACCGCAUCAAUGUUUUGCGGCGUGACUGAUGUUUUGGGUGGACCUGGCCUGGAUUCGUCGCUGACACUGGAGCGACCACGUUGAAAUUCGUAAUACCAGCGGGAGAUAGUUGACUGGUGUGAUGCUCCAUUCCCAAACACAGAAACCAUUUCAGCGUGACAGUGCUGUUGGGAUAAUCCUCUCCGAAAAUUGUAAAAAAUUACUGCUCGAAAAUGUUCUCGGCUAAGAUCCAUUUUUCGACACUUGCUAAUUUCAAAAAUUCUCUGUAUCUACACGACUUGUUGUAUCGCAACGAAACUCUGGAUUUAUGCCAACAAAAGAUUGAGGUUACAUUUGUGUCGGAAGGCUUUAUUUGUGGCGCUCUCUAAACGGCUAUAUGUAAAACUAAAAAGACAGGCCACUUAUAACAUUUGAUUGUAUUCGCUCCGAGCGUUACUAAACUGUCAAAGCAAAGUCGACCGACCUGCUCAUGGUGGCGGUUGCUUGAAAUACUUGUAAGGACGAUUUAGUGUAUGUUUAAAUGGGAUAUUUUAAAAAAAUGCCAUAUCACGCUAUUUGUUGUGUUGUUCACUGUAAGAAUACAUGAAGAAAUUGUGAUGUGAAAUACCUUUAUUUUCCUCGUUUCCAAAAAAAAAUUAGAUUAAAGAAUAAAAUUGAUUAAUGAUCUUAAAAGAAUUAAGUGAGUUUAACUCCAUAUAUACAAGGGAUAUGACAAUAUACACAUGAUAUAAUGAUAUUAUUUAUGUUUUUGUAAGUUUCAUACAUAUUACAUACACUUCUUAGCUCUGAUAAAUCCGAAUUGACUCCAAAAUUUACGGAUACUGUAUGUCCUAUAUAAUAAAUAUAAUAAAUGUCUAUCGCAGAAUAUGACAAUAAAUCUGUAUUAACAACAAAAAAUAUUUUUAUUGAGCUAUAAAUGACACUAUACAAGAAUAACUAACGAAAUUUUAACAAUUUGUAUUGGGCUAUUAUCACUAGAAAAUAAAAUAUUCAAGUUUAACAAAAUAAUCCCAUAAGACUCAAUGUUAAAACGUCCUUACAAAUGUGACAGCGUGUCAUGUGACUGUAAAUAGAGGGGAGACGCAUGGAGCCAAUAGAGAGAUAUCGCAAAGGCAAACGUUAUUAGUGUGUCAAGACGUAAAUAAGGGAUAACGGUAUAUUCCAACACAGGUAUCAAGAGAGUUAUAGCAAAUGCUCUGGGGGCAGGGCUUAACGUUAUUAUGACAACCGACUUUUGGGAUAAAAAUGUAACCUAGAAAUUAAUGUUAAGGAAUACUGUAAUUGUUUUUUAUUGAAAAAUAAAUUUGGACAUUGAGCAGGUUGACAUUUAUUUUAAUUUUAAUGAUUUGACAAACAAUAAAUAUAAAUAAUCUCUAUCAAAAUAAUAUAAAAUAUCUGAAUAACUAAUAUCCUAACCACAAAAAGUAGUCUAUUGCAGACAAAAUAAGAACGCAACGUAUUUCUCAACACAAGGAACAAGAUCAUUCACAGUUUUUAGUUUAUAAAAUUUGUAUUCUAUAAAUUAUUUUUAUGUUUCAUCCCAAAUGUCAAAUUAGCGUUAACGUUAUUACCGUCCCUUAUUUCAACCUAAAUAGCGGGACACGUUAUCCGGUAUUAGCGUAACAUUCACUCUGCGCUUGCGUACAUGUCAAAAUAGCGUAUUCCGCUAUUAGCGUGCGAUAAAAAUGCAUUUGCGAUAUCUCUCUAUUAACUAGGUCUCUUUCGAUGUCAUCAGAACAAACGACAUAAUGACAAGAGCGUAGGCAAAAAGGGUAUGGUAAAACGAUAUUUUGAUGAUCCAAAUUUGUCACCAAAAAUUUAAAUAUUUCAUAGGUCAACUUUAAAAUCGUUUUUUUAUAUUUUUUUAUUCAUAUUUGCGUAUUUUUAUUACUUAUAUGACUAUAUAUUAUUACAAAUUAAAAUAUUUUAUUACGUUUCAAUCUUUGAGGUCCUCAUUUCGUGGUAAAAUAUUUUAAAGUUACAUUUAUAUUACCGAAAAAAGAUACUUAUAUGUAUGUAUUAUCAAAGUGAGUUAGUAUUUUUCUAUAAAUAAGGCUAUAAAAGAUGGAAUUAUAUAGAGUUCGGAAGAUCUUGUUAAUAUUGCCCAUUAUUAUAACGCUGCAGGUAAUUUCAAAAUCAAAUAUGAAAGGAUUUCAUUGGUUUCGUUUUGCUUCAGAGCAAAACUGUCUUUUUCAUUUCUAUCUUUACUCAACUAGGAACUUUCUUUCUGACCUUUUCCUAGACGAAUGAAAGCGGAAUGUAACUGCAUAUUGUAGAGUCCUCUUCGCUUUCUAUAUUCGUCGUCUGUUGUCUUAUAAAUUGUAAAAGUCACAGAUUAAAGAUGCACCAGAAAGAAGUUCCAACAAGAAAAGUUUUCAGAUUUAAAUAAUUAUUUGCCAUUUUAAUUUUUAUUAUAAUGCUGAAUUCUGUAUCUGAGACUUUUCUCUUUUAUGAAAGGAUUUGUUCAUUAAUGUAAUAAUUGGAUACCAGUAGAUUUAAAGUAUUAUUUAAGGGGGAAGAGGUACGGUUUGAAAUUUUUGAAAUGCCCGACUUUUUUAUUAUUUUAAAUGCAAGUACAUAACGUAAAGAAUUAGUCCAUGUGGUAAGACCGCUCCCGUCCGGAAAAAUUUCUGAUUCAGUUUCUUUGAGGAUUCCUAUUCAAAAAUGUCCCCUUUAAACAAAUCUGAAAGGUGCCGGGCGGAAUUUUUGGGCAGAAAUUGUUUAAACAAUUUUUUAAACAAAUACAUAAGAUCAGGUUUUUGCUCCCGAACAUAUAUUUUUGAAUUUUGUGGGUCAUUCUGAACAAGAAAGGUAUCUUGUAAAUUUUCUCAGAAAUUGAUAGUUUUCGAGUUAUAGGCGAUUUAAAAUCUGAAAAAUGCGAAAAUACGCAUUUUCGAGCCUUAAAAACUCAUAUUCAAAUUAGUAUUUUUGAGGUUGCCAGAUACUUAAAUUCAAGACUAAAUAUUAAACUUCAAGAUUCUGAAGAGUGAUCGCGUCUAACUUUAAUUUAUACCGUUGUUUUUUAAUUGUUAAAUAUGCGUGUUUAUCCGAUUUUUUUGCCGGUGCGGCGCGCUCCGUUUCAAAAACCUCCUAUUUUCCUCCGAAAAAUAUUUUUUCCAGAUUCUUUGGGACAUUCUAAAUAAAAUAAGUUUCUUGACAUUUUUCUCAAAAGUUAAUAGUUUUAAAGUUAUAAGCGAUUUAAAAUCCGAAAAUGCGUUUUUUUGUCAUUUUUCGGAUUUUAAAUCGCUUAUAACUUAAAAACUAUUAACUUUUGAGAAAAAUGGCAAGAAACUUAUUUUAUUUAGAAUAUCACAAAGAAUCUAGAAAAAAUAUUUUUCGGAGAAAAAUAGGAGAUUUUUGAAAUGGAGCGCACCGCACCUGCAAAAAAAUCGGAUAAACACGCAUAUUUAACAAUUAAAAAACAACGGUAUUAAUCAAAGUUAGACGCGAUAUCACUCUUAAGAAUCUUAAGCUGAAUGUUCAGUCUUCAAUCUAAGUAUCUGGCAACCUCAAAAAUACUAAUUUAAAUAUGAGUUUUUAAGCCUCGAAAAUGCGCAUUUUCGCAUUUUUCAGAUUUUAAAUCACCUAUAACUCCAAAACUAUCAAUUCCUGAGAAAAAUUACAAGAUACCUUUCUUGUUUAGAUUUACCCAAAAAAUCUAAAAAUUCAGAGCAAAAAACAUAAUCUUUUGUAUUUGUUUAAAAAAAUUGUUUAAACAAUUUCUGCCCAAAAAUUCCGCCCGGCACCUUUCUGAUUUGUUUAAAGGGGACAUUUUUGAAUAGGAAUCCACAAAGAAACUGUCUCGCCACAUGGACUAAAUACUCUCUGAAAAUUAUUAAGAGCAAACAGUAGCUAUCAACAGGUAGCAACAAACGCGUUCCAAGAUUGCGGCUCUAAUUUUGAUUAUUUUUUCGAGAUAUUUGGCACACGUAUUCGUAAUAUAAUAAAGAAUGGCGGUACAGAGCCCUAGUUUCAGAAAUAUGUUAGUAUAUGGAAAUUACUCUAUAACUAAAUAAAAUAUUGAAAAAAGGAGCCUGUACCGCCAUUAAGAAAGGCAAAAAAAUACACUUUCUUCAAAUAAAUUUUUUUUAUCCUGUGCCUAGAUUUUGUGUCACAUUGGAACUACUAAAAAUCGAUUUUUUUAUAACAAGAAAUCGAACGUCACUGACUUGGCAACAUUUUGCGCCUACGUAUAUAAAAAUUAUUGUUUUUGAUAGUAUAAAAGUCACUGUCAGUGUCGAAUCACCGACGCACUGUUGCCUCACUUUUGAAAGUUCGCAGAAGUUUCGCAAUCUUGGACCGCGUUUGUUGCUACCUGUUGAUCGCUACUGUGUGCUCUUAAGGUAAUUUAUUGAUUGUUUAUUGUUUAACAAUAAUAAUUAUGUUGAUUUUUACUUUUUUUACAAAAAAAUUCUGUAUUUUGACUUGUGAAUGAUGCCAAAGACUCAAAAAUCGUUAAAACUAAAAAUCUCGACUACGUUACUUCGAGAAAGUCAUACGUCAAUUAAAUCUUUUUGAAUUUUUUAUUUCACAUGAUCCAAUGCCGAUGUCCAACGCAAAAUCCAUUUUUUUGACGUGCCUGUAAAAAUUUGCCACAGUUGGCUUAUUUUUGAAUAUUUUGCCUUGAAACUUUUUUGAAUAUUCUUUGUAUUGUACUGAAUAUGUUUAUUAAUUUAAUUUAAACAUAAAAUAAUAAACGUAUUCAAAAAAGAUGUGCUUGAAAUGUUGAUUCAAACCAUACCCCUCUCCCCUUAACAAACGUGUGAUAUAUUGGCUCUCUAUAAAAAUUUAUCCUGAACAUAGCUUAAUAGUUAGGUUCGUUAGACAAAGAAAGCUGAUAAUAGACGGAUUACGUUUCGUCCAUAUAUAACUAGAAAUUACUUAAUUGUUUUUUUCUUCUUUUAAAUCACAUUAUAUUUAUGCUUGAAAUUAACUGCAGCCAUUGUUGCCAUAGUUUUCGUAUUUACAUUUAAUCAAUUUUGUACAUGGUAUGCAUUUAGCAUAAACAUGGUAGGUUGUAAUGUAUUUUACAUAAUAAAAAGUCAAUUCCUAUAUA